AUGGCCCCAAGCAAGAAAACUAGAGUAGCCAAGAAGCAGCAGACCUCUGCCACUGGAUCUCGGACCAAGGCCAACCUUCCCAAGGGUAAAGCCAAUGCACCCAAGAUCAGAACUAAUGUGCCCAAGGGCAAGGCACGCGAUUUGGCCAAGAAUUCGAAGUCUGCAGCACCGCCCCAACCCCAGGACACGAUCGUUGUCGGAGGCCAAAAGCGCCACGUUAUAGCCGUCGAGGACGACAGUUCCGACGAGGGCACGAUCAGACCGCCGAAGCGGCGCAAAGGCGGUAAGGGACCUGAUCCCCACGACUAUCAUGCGGUACGAGAGGCUCCUCCACGUCCACUAAGUGGCCAGUUUGCGAGGAAGUCGACUGCCCAUUACACGUGGGGAGCUUCUUUCCAGUCUCCCCCUCUUUCUCGAUUCAAGGCCCAAGAGAAGCAAUCUGAAGCAAACGCGGUAGUUCCUCUUGUCAAUGAGAAAGGAAAGAAAAUGGGUCGAAGCAAAAACCCUUCGCAGUUAAGACCCAGCCGUGGAAGUGGUGGCCUCCUGUCAAUGAGUGCCAGACUGAAGUCUCUGAACGGCAAAAACCACUUCUUCUUCAUGAAUCUUCCACUUGAGAUCCGGCAGAAGAUAUACAAGGAGAUUCUGGUUGCUAAAAACCCCAUCCGCGUUCGACAGGGUUGGUCGGCGGUCUAUCCUCGCAAUCGACCCAUGGUUGAGACAGACAUCUUACGAGUCUGCCGCCAGGUCAGAAACGAAGCAGUGAACGUUCUCUAUGGCGAGAAUACUUUCCUGUAUCUCCUUAGAGAAGCCGCAAUGCUCCCCGCGACAAACUCACUUGGUGAGAACGAGAUUGUGGUGCAGCAUCCACUCUUGGCAGAGGAGCACCUUUCUGAAUACGAAGGCAAUAGCGAGGACGAGUACGAUGACGCCGACCUCCUUCCCAUGGCACGUUCAAUGCGAGACUCCGAAAUCGAGAUUGACAUCCGGCGCUACGGCCACAAGUUCCGCAAGCUCAUGAUCGUUGCCGAACCGAACCGCACCGAGAAGGGCUACCUCCUGAGCAUGGCAAAUGCGAUCAACGUCUUCCGCAACCUGAAGCCUAUCAGGCCCCGCGUGCAUACCCUGACCAUCGAGAUCACGCCAAUUCGCGACAUUCAUACAGGGGAAAUUAGCUUUCUUGAUUUCUUUGAGAAGACGUCCGAGGUGGUCCGCGCACUGAGAGGUUUGCCUUGCCAAUUUAUUGAAAUCCUCAUCAACACAGGCGGUGGUAACCAGGAGCGCAUCCGACUCAACAUGAAGUACGCGGCCAAUAUCCGGCGCGCCAAGCGCGGUCAGGAGGAUGCCUGGGAGAAUGAUCGGGUCAUGCAAUCGUACCGCAGCGCGCAGGCGGGGGAUGCACAGCAGAGUCUCGAUAGCCUGUCGGUCAUGAUCCAGGAGGUCUGGGAGGGACCAAACGGACGUUUUGUCGGCGGGUUGAAUUCCGACGAGAGCGAUGAGCACGAGGACUACUUUUAA